CGCUCGCAGCCUUCUGGGUUUGUGGGUGCUGGGUGCUGGUGAGCCAGGGUGGGUGGGGGGUCAGCAGGCGCCCUGGAGCCCCCCACCUCCGCGAUGGACGCUGUGGCAGCCUUCGGCAUGGAUAAACAAUUUGCCCCGAACCCGGUGCGGAUUUUGGACCCUCCGGACAACCCCCAGGCUCGGAAAAACUUCAGCGUCAGCCACCUCCUGGAUUUGGAGGAAGUUGCCGCCGGCAUGAAUGGGGCAGCCAAGGAAUCCGGCGCAGAGGCGAGGGAGAGCGGCAAGGGCGGGCCGGACCCCUCUGGGGGCAGCAGCGGGAGCGAAGGAGGAGGCGCCCUUCGGGAAGGUGAGAGCUUGAGUGCAUCCCGCAGCUCUGCCAAGAGGAAGAAGAAGCAGAGGAGAAACCGCACCACAUUCAACAGCAGCCAGCUCCAGGCUCUGGAGAGGGUCUUUGAGAGGACGCACUACCCUGAUGCCUUUGUCCGGGAGGAGUUGGCACGGAGAGUCAGCCUUAGCGAGGCCAGAGUGCAGGUAUGGUUUCAGAACCGGAGGGCCAAAUUUCGCCGAAAUGAGAGGGCCAUGCUUGCCAACAGAUCGGCAUCACUCCUCAAAUCCUACAGCCAAGAUGCAGCCAUCGAACAACCCAUGGCCCCCCGUCCAACCAACCUGAGCCCAGACUAUCUCUCCUGGUCAACAACAUCCCAAUACAGCAGAUCAAAAGUUCAGAGCUGUUCACCCGCAGUUUUGAAAGAGAAGAACUUGAUGAAAGUUUCUGAACCCUGCUGUACCUGUAUUCACUCAUCCAGCCCCACAUGGUACAAGUGUACAUUUUGGGGGUAUACAACAACUCAACAUUGCUGUAACAAAGAAGCUGCAUUUUUCAUUUUUGCUCAAAUGCGCACACCCCAUUCCUUAAAAAAAAAAAAACCCUCUGGGAGAUAAGAGGGGAACUCACAAUAACUCAGAAUCCUGUAAGAGAUUAUCAGAUACCCUGCUUACUCUGCUGGUUUCCAGAGAGGUUGUGUGCCAUUUGAAGGUCCAUGCCCUUUGGCUUUCAAAAAUGUUUGUGUGUGUGUGUCUUUAGGAUGAGCAUGGCAUUGGGUUGAUGGGAUGUUGAGUCCCAGGGAGGGACAGGACUCAGAGGCAUGGAGUGCUAAAUGGAUUGGGUGCCCCAAGACACAAGACUGUCCUCUAUCCACAUUCAACCCCUGGAGGCAGAAGCACCCCCAAAGCUCUCAUCACAAAGAAUGAAGCCCCCGGAGCCCCCUGUCAGCAGCCUGCAGCCAUUCUGCCCCAAACCAGGAAGAGAGAACUGAACCAAUACAAAGUAAACAAUUUAAUAGCAGAACCAGCCUAACCUAAAGAUGUGUGAGAAGGGGAAGAUGUGUUGCUUCAGGCAAAGGGAGGGAGAGGAAAACUGAAUAUAAACAAGAAAGCAGAUAGCCAUUAAAAAAAAAUGAUCAGUGAUAUGUAUUUGAAAUAAGGAAAUCUAAAAUAUAAAGAAACAUUCAAGCACAUUGUGGUGCAUGGUACUCCCUGCCCCCCCCUUUAGCUGUUAAACUCAGUUGGUAGACCUUGAUAAUUUCAAAUUACUUAAGGAUGCUAAGGUGGAGGGGAGAAGCCACCUGCUAAACCCAGGAAAUUAUUGAAGGUCAGAAUCUAUUUGGUAUACAGAUGUAAAAUGAGAAGCCCUAUUUUCACCUGAGGAAUGUUGGGUGGUAUGCUAUUCCUUUUGUGAUUUCCAGAAAAACCUCUUUAGGUCUGGUCUAUACAAUCAACCAGUGGUUUAACAGUCAUUCCCUCUUUGAUACUUUAAAGUGGUAUAAUACUGCUUCAAAUGCAUAGAGAUCUUGGAGCCCUAGACCAGAGUGUACCUGUUUGCCACAGAAAAGCUGUCCGUCCUCUAUGCUGCUCCCUGGUGGCAGUGGUUUGUGGCUACAAGCUACAGCUCCUAGUUUGCUUGGCUGGGGGCGGGGGAAAGCUGUGGCUGCUUAGAGUGGUCUCAUAGUGCUUUCAAUGUAUGGUGCGGCUUUGGCCUUAGUCACCCUUAAUAAACAAAGACACUUGUGGCUGACAUGGUAUGUAUACUGUGUGGUUGUAAGAGUGGCUGCAGGAUGUGCAAAAUAGGGGAGCUGGUGAGAGGUGAUAGGCACCCCUGAAAUGUGGAAGGGUCCUAGCAGUGCGCUGCCAGUGACCUGCAUUAUAAACUAUUCCAGGGUGAACACAGCUCCACCUCUCUCUCACUUAGCUUAUCUCCCCAAUCCACCUUCUCCCAGAGGCCUCUGGCACCCUUUAUGAUGACCAGCCUCUCUCCCUCACCUCAUUCCUGCCAAUCACAGGUGCAUAGUUGUCAACUUUUCCCUUUUCUUUGCGAGGAAUCCUGUUCGGAAUAAGGGAAUUACCCUUAAAAAAAGGGAAAAGUUGACAGCUAUGCACAGGUGGAGUCCCACUUGCACAUGCCAGCCUGCCUUCCAAUCAGCCUCUGCCCUUGUCGCCUCGCAGCCAUUCACCUCUGGCUUGGGUGGCGAAUGAGAAACAGUGUGACCCUCAACAGGAGAUACAGAAAAGCAGAAGGGGUAUGGGUCAAAUCAACUUUCUUUGAACCAUUUCAUACCCCGUCCAUGUGCCCAUUUGCUGGCUGGGGGAAUUCGGGACUCUGCGUGUCAGAGAGAAGCUUGAGGGUUUUUGUGAAGGUCCCAGCUUUUUCGUAGCAAUUGGAGACUAUGGAAUUGUGUAUAAGGAGGAAAUGCAGGUUGUUCCUCCAAAGAAUUUGAACAGAAUCUCCUACCAGUGAAGGGAGAGGGGGGAAAUCUCACUGCCUGCAGGAGCCUAAGUAAGGGGCAAGAGAUACUGAGGAGUUUGAGCUUUGCAAAUUCCGGUUGGUAAUGAGCUGAUUUUUUUUUGCUUCCAGGAUGAGCUUCCAGACUUCUAGACUCAAGAAAAUGUUCACAAAUGAAA